AUGAGCAUGAUGCUAGCCACUGCGGCUAGUGAGAUUCACCGAGCAGGAAGUUAUGGCGAAAAUGCCUCUUGUGGGAAACAGACUGAGGUUCCGUCGGACAUGGAUGGACAGAUGCACUAUGGAAGAGCUUUGUCAGAACUCCGUGAAGCUUUAAAACAAGAUGUAAAAUCUAUGGCAAGGGUUGAAGCCAUCUUCAUUACCCUUUGGCUGAUGAUCGACUAUGAGGGUCGGUUUGGAAGUGGUGCUACGGCAAUCAACAUUCAUAUCCGUGGAAUUGAAAGCUUGCUUCAUAACCACGUCGUACCAUUACUCAAGCUUCAUGCAUCUUCCACCCGGGAAAUUACAUCUGAGAGCCGACUGUCGGAAGUUCUGCCACAAGCGCAUAUCCAUACUUCCCUUUCAAAUGACCUGGAAACGACAUCGUCCAGCUUACAGUCCGGCCCCCCAUUGGAUGGCUUCUACCACACCUCAGUUCCAUUAUUCCUACUGUGGACUUUGUACUUCUUCACGCCCGCAGCUCUCUUUUUCGGCUCAGGAUCGGCGCCCCUUGAUACUGAUCUCUUCCGAUUUCUACUCCGCGCAGACCCCGAAAACAGAUUGCCAUUAAGCCUCACGGAGCUCUAUCGGUUGAGCAGACAAUCGCCUGCUCGUUUCUGGGGCGAGGAAUACCCUCUCAGCGCCCAAUUGGAUGACCAAGAGAACCUUCCAAGUCUGACAUUGUACCACCACAGCCAUGUUGUUCAGUUUAAAAUCACCGAGCUUUUCAAGCACGGGACAGUGCCAGAUGCGCCGCCUGGGGAAGAAUCCCCGUAUCUGCGGAUAAUUGGCGAGCUCAAUACUUUGUCUGUUGAAUACGACACCGUUCUCACCACUGCCGAAACCUCACGUUCCUGCGAAACCAUCGGUGAAGGUCGUCGCGUGAUGGAAACCAUCUACUGGUCCUCGAUAACGUACUACAGUACCAUCGUUUACUUCUACCUUUGCUUCCAGGAUCUGCUUGACCGCCACAGUGGAUCGAAUUCCGCGCCGUUUAAUCGCAGCAACAAAUUGAUGCCGCUCAGCGCUGCAGUUUCACAAGUCCUUGAAUUAAGUUUGAAGCUUCACCGCAGCCGGCCUCAUCUCAUGGUUCGCAUUACCUGGUCCUUAUUCAUCGCUGGAGUUGCCACCUCGGAUAGGAUCUACCGGGAUUGGGUAUCGAUCAGGCUGCGGGAACUGAGCCGGUACGGGCAGAACUUCAGUCGGGUCAGUGAUCGCUUUGAUGAGAUUAUUCAGGGGAGCGAAUUAUGUCUCUAUCGGAGAAGCGAUCGACAGGUUUUGGCCAGCCCCGGGAAGGACAGGCCUGUUCCUUGUCAAUAA